CCAAAAAUCAGCCCCCACUCUUCUCCCUUAACUCCGUCUCUCUUCCCUUUACUCUCUGUCCUCCCCUCCGUUUCUGCGCACAACUCCCUUGGCUCCCCCUCUUCUCUCUCCACUUCUCUUUUCUUUCUCUUGCGUCUGCCAUGGCUCGAGCUCGAGUCUGCUCAUGGCCGCUUCAGGUCGAGGAGGGACGGUGCGCCGCCGGACGGAGACCGCAUUGAGCUUCGUUUGCAGUGAGAUGGCUUGAGGCCGAGCUCGAAACUCGAGCGCUAACCAAAGCUCCGAGUUUGAGGUCGAGCAAGUGUUGUCCAUGGCUGGCUGCGAGUGUCGUCCAUGGUGGACGGGAAGAAACAAUACCCAGGAACAGGCGAGGACGACCCACGUGAUGAAAUCGCAUUAAAUAAGGAAACCGAAGCCGACCCGACACGCCUACGCGUCCGUUUACAAAACCCAUUUGCUCAUUUCCUCCUCCCAGUUCCGCGUCCGACCCCGCCUGCUGAAAUUCUUCAAGGAAGUUUGGGUUUUUAUUUUUCAUUUCAUCUUCCUUGUCCGUCUGCCCGUUCGGUUGUCGUCCCAUAGACCAUUUGGGAGAUGGGUCUGAUCUUCUCGAGCAAGUCCUUGCGUUCCGCCACCCCCCCGCACAGGCCGUGACAGCCAUGUAUGAGCGUCGGCGUGCUUGUGAGCCCCUUGAUCAUAUGCCCGCCGAACCGCGCAAGGUCCCCGCGAGGCAUCGGCGUGAAGCCUCCCGCUUCCGCCUGUCCAUGGUCCGGACCCUUUCGGCGUCUCCGCCUUUGGAUUGCGAAGAAGAACAGCGUGGCGACGACCAGCUCGUGGCCGCCACCGCCUUGACAAUCGUCUUGCUUGAGGACGAUGACGAGUCCGACGGCGCUUGGAGCGAGUCUAUUACGGAAGGAGGAGGAGAGUUGGUGACGGUGGUGGCGGUUGGAGAAAAGAGAAGUAGAGAGGGAAGAGGGAGAGAGAGCGUCGCAGGCAGAAAAAAAGAGAAGUAGAGAGAAAAGAGGGAGAGAGAGUUGUCGCAGAAACGGAGGGGAGGAGAGAGAGUAAAGGGGAGAGAGACGGAGCGUUAACGGAGAAGUGGAGCCUGACAGGUGGGCCCAAAUUUGCCACGUGUCGACUUCUCUAUGGUCUUACAUUUCGCCUACUCCAACCUACCCAAUAUUUUCUCACCCCCCUCCAAGUGAAGUGGGGUCCACGCGCCAGUACCGUACCGCGUCAGCCGAACAUGGUCCAUACGUACAUUCGGAGUGUCAUCGCAAGCAGCUUUCUCGCGGGAAUGACAUACGAUUCUAGAUCGACCGAGAGAGUUCCCGAGUCCAAGAUGAGCACCGCCGUCCCCGACCGGAAAGUCCGCAUCGUCUCAUCCACCGCCGUCAAACCGUCUUCUCCCACCCCUCCCCACCGCCGCACCCUCAACCUCUCCCUCCUCGACCAGCUCUUCCCCGCCGGCUGGUCCCACAGCCUCCUCUUCUACGCCCGCCCCGGCGGCGGCGGCGAGUCGCUCUCCAGCCGCAUGCGGGCCUCUCUCUGCGAAACCCUCACCGAUUUCUACCCCUUGGCCGGCCGGCUCAGGGGCAGCGCCCGCAUCGACUGCAACGACGAGGGCGCGUACUGGGUCGAGGCCCGAGCCGACCUCCGGCUUGCCGACGUCCUCGCCCGGCCCGAUGGGACGUUGCUCGCCCAGUUCCUCCCUUCCUCUCACCCGGAGACGUCGCUGUUGGCCGCCAUGGGGUGCCUCCUGAUUGUCCAGAUCACCACCUUCACCUGCGGCGGCGUCGCCGUCGCCGCCUGCGGCUCGCACAAGCUCUUGGACGGGUCCUCGCUGGCGUUCUUCCUCCGGAGCUGGUCGGCGAGAUCCGCCGGGAGGCUCGAGGGCGGCCGGCCCCCUCCUCCGAGGUUCCUCGGGGACUCGCUCGUGGGGCCCAAGGAGGUGCCCUUCAUGCUGUCGGACUACGCCGGCAUGGAGAGCUGCGCGACGCGGAGGUUUGUGUUCCACCGGUCCAAGAUUUCCGCCCUCAGGGCCGAAGCGGUCCGCUCUGCUCGGCCAGGCGAGUCGACUCGGUUCACGAGGGUCGAGCUCGUGCUGGCGCUCAUCGUCAGAUGCGCCCUGGCUGCCUCGCGGUCUGUGACCGGGUCCUCGCGUCACCCGACCCUGCUGCGCCAGAUGGUGAACCUCCGGAACCGAAUGUCGCCGGCCCUGCGAGACAACGACGUCGUCGGGAAUCUCGCCUUCGGCAUCAACAUACUAUACGAGAACAGCGAGUCGACAUUCCACGAGCUGGUCUCGAACAUCAGGAGGGAAAUGAUCAGUUUCACCAAGGGAGCUCAAGCGAGCGGGUCCGACAGUGGCGAGCUCAUGUCCAUAGCGUGCGGGUCGAUCGGGACGGCGGGCAACUUCUUCGGAAAAUGGAAGGAGGAGUCGAGGUUUUACAGGUGCUCGAGCCUGUGUGGGUUCCGGCUCUACGAGGUCGACUUCGGGUCCGGGAAGCCGGCGUGGCUGACGUCGCUGAGCCUCGCGAAGAACUUCGUGUACAUGGUGGACGCGAAGGGUGGGGACGGGAUCGAUGCGUGGGUGACGCUGGACCGGCGCGACAUGGCCGUUUUCGAGCGCGACGAGGAGCUCCUCACCUACGCCACCCCGAACCCCGGCGUCGUGCACCAUGUAAUGCAUCAUUCUCGGUUCUGAUCGCUGCUUGAUGAACGGACCGUGAAAUGUUGCUCAUUUGAAAAUCGAACCUCGUUUGAAUUGUCGAGGAUAAAAAAUGUUUUGUACACGGAAUCAUAUCGAGACGGCAGUUGUCUAUAAUUCAUUUGUUUCAUAAAAGAUAACUAAUCAUUUGUAGAGAAAAUGAUUAGUUAUUAUUUGUUUGAUGACUCUUGGUAUUAUCAGUUUCAUGAAAA